CAAUGUACGCCGCAGGAGAGCUGUGCCGCGGGGGGCACGGAGGGAGCGCGGCGUCGGGUUUCUGCGACUCCCACCCGCACGCACGCACGUACGCACGUUCCCCCCCUAGACCCCCCACGACCCCGGCGGGGGCGCGCGCGCGCGCGCGAUGGGCGCACUUUGGCAGCGAGCGCGAGUGAAGGAUGAUGGGAAAGAGAUAAAAUGGCCACCGGCAGCGGCAUGGAGGAGGACAGGAAGCGCAGCCGUCCCCAGCUCCUGCCUCUCACGCGUCCUGCAGCCCGGAGCGAAGACGCCGAGGGCACCCGCGAAAAGAUGGGCUGGGCCCAGGUAGUAAAGAACCUAGCGGAGAAGAAGGGCGACUUCCGCGAGCCAAGGCGGCGGGAGGAGGACGGCGGCGGCGGCGUGGGCAGCGGCCUCGGCGUCCCGGCCGGCCUAGCGGCGGCGGGCCUGAACGACUUUCCCCCGGCUGGCCGCGGGGAACUGAAAGGCCGCCGGAGAGACCCGGCCGGCGAGGCGGCGGACGCGCGUCAGAAGAAGGCCGCGGCCGAGGCGGGCCGCAGGAAGAAGGCGGAGGCCGGGGCGGCCGCAGCCGGGGCCGGCACGUCGGAAGACGCGGCGGAGCGGCCGCUCCUGGAUGAAGGCGCGGCGGGCUCGGGCAAGGGCCGCUUCCUCGUGCGCAUCUGUUUCCAGGGUGACGAGAGCGCCUGCCCGACGCGGGACUUCGUGGUGGGCGCGCUCAUCCUGCGCUCCAUCGGCAUGGAGCCCGACGACAUCUACGCCGUCAUCCAGAUCCCCGGCAGCCGCGAGUUCGACGUGAGCUUCCGAUCUGCGGAGAAGCUGGCCCUGUUCCUCCGCGUGUACGAGGAGAAGCGCGAGCUGGAGGACUGUUGGGACAACUUUGUGGUGCUGGGGCGGAGCAAGUCCAGCUUGAAGACGCUCUUCAUCCUUUUCCGAAACGAGACCGUGGACGUGGAGGACAUCGUGACCUGGCUCAAGCGCCACUGCGACGUGUUGGCCGUACCCGUGAAAGUGACGGACAGGUUUGGGAUCUGGACCGGGGAAUACAAGUGCGAGAUCGAAUUACGCCAAGGGGAGGGAGGCGUGUGCCACCUGCCCGGGGCCUUUUUCCUGGGGGCCGAGAGGGGCUACAGUUGGUACAAGGGGCAGCCCAAGACGUGCUUUAAGUGUGGUUCCCGGACCCACAUGAGCGGCACCUGCACCCAGGACAAGUGUUUCAGGUGCGGGGAAGAGGGGCACCUGAGCCCGUACUGCCGGAAGGGCAUAGUGUGCAACCUCUGUGGCAAGCGAGGACACGCCUUUGCCCAGUGUCCCAAAGCUGUUCACAACUCCGUGGCAGGUCAGCUCACGGGCGUGGCCGGUCACUGAACACCCCGCCGCCUGCUUCUCAGCCAGGGUGAACACACAGCCAGCGUACCCCUCUUUAAGUGCCAAAAGUUUUUUGAGAACCUUUUUUUAAAAAAAAAAACAAAAAUCAAAAAACCGGUUUUGGAAGAGAAAGCUUUUGAAAACUUAACCAGAGACAUUUUGUCUAUUGCCUUCUUCGACCAAGUUUACUCCACUUCAAACCAGUUCUGAAUUGGUGACCCUCACCAGUAAAGGACUGCCCAGCACUGUAGUGAGCAGAUGAUGUUGCCUCUCCCCUUUUUAAAAAACUUUUUUUAAUUUUCGUUUUUAUAUUUGGGGUUUUUGUACUGUUCGGGGUUUGUUUUUUUUUUUGUUGUUUGUUUGUAUUUGUACUUUUCACCCCCAUCCUCAUCCUACCUCACCUUUUCCCUAACUCGUUUUCUUCCCAGAUCUCACCCUGUGAGCCACCUGGUUCAGCUUUCUGCUCCAGUGCCAGGCGCAGGGGCUUACUUCGCACAUGGUAGGCACUCCGUCAGUGUUAGUUGAAUUGAAAGCAUUGUUGGUGUGGCAUCUGUCAAGAGUGUCUACUUUUAGCAGCUCUUCCCUAUCCCCUUUUAAUUUGCUGCUUCCAGUCUACAUGGUCUGAAAAUUUGUGAAGCCGACGUUGUUCGAAGUGUAUAUUAUCUGAAUCAAUAAGCUCUGAGUGGUGGCCAAGGGCCUCUCUUAUGGUCUAAAAGUGCAUGGACCCGGACAGCUCUGGUGACUCAGAAGCCAUUUUUCAAAGAAUUAUGGAAUCUAGAAUUGUUCCUGCUGGAAAAACCCUUUGAAGGCAGUUUACCCCAGUUCCUUGUCUCUUCUCCUCCCCCCCCCCCCCCCAGGUUUUUCCAGCAGAUGAAACGGACCCAGAGAGGUUAAAUCCCUGGGUCAGAGUCUCACAGCUGUCUGGUGCCAGAGCUAGCCCAAAGUAGAGUCCCCGGACCUGAAACCGGUGCUCAUCACACUACCUCUCACACUUCACAACAAGUUCCUCAACACUUGCAAGCCCAGGUCUGAGCGCUCCACCAUGGUGCACGCACAGCAGAACUUAGAAAGCACCUAAGGGAACAAAAGUUUGGCGUGGACUUCUAAAUAUUCGGAGAGCUAAGGACCAAGGAACCAACUCCAGGUGCAUUCACUGCUCCCUGAAAUACGGUGUGCCUUGUCCUUUAAGAGGCCAUCCUCUUUCCCAUUCACUGCCACCAGAAAGACGUGGAAGUGCUGCUGAAUAGAGAAACUAACAAAGUCAACUAACAUCCCACCUUAACCUGUACAGCUCAGAACCCUGGGGGGAGCACCACUUACUUCCUGCACAACCUCCACUCCCGGGAGAAGGGUGCUUCACCCCAAAAUCAGGAGCGAACUAUAGGCCAAGCUAGAGGCCUGGGUCAGCUCUGUUACCAAGUUAAAGUAGAAAAGACAGUACACUGCUUUUCUAGUUUUUCUCUAUGUUUUUGCUAUUUCCCUGUGGCUUAGAAUGUAAAAUCACUUGUUUUUUAAAGAAAGUUUUGUUCUGAAUAAAUAUUUAUCUUUUGUAUUGCAAA